GUCUUUCUGAUUUUAUUUCAAUUAUUUCCUAGGCUGCAGAAUUAAAACUGACGUCCGUACUGCUGUAACUUCACGCAGCAGCGGCAGCAGCAGCAAUGGCAGCCGAGCAGUGACACACACACAUGUCACAACUGUCUGUGAGCCGAAAAACAUUUACGCUGGGUCCCAGAGAAGACACAUAAGCAAAAAUGUCUCGGCACAGAAAUGUCCGAGGUUACAACUACGAUGAAGACUUUGAAGAUGAUGACAUGUAUGGACAAUCUGUGGAUGAUGAUUACUGUAUAUCACCAGCAACAGCAAAUCAGUUCAUCUACUCACGUCAAGAAAGGCAAGCACCAAGGGAGGAGCCUUUAGAGGAGGAAGAUUAUGAAGAUGAGGAUGUUCCUAUGUCUCCUACUGUCAGCCACAAUCUUGACCCUCUUGAUCAAGCAAAGCUGUACUCCUGUCUGGACCAUAUGCGGACUGUGCUGGGAGAUGCAGUGUCAGACUCGGUCUUGAGCCAGGCAGCCAUAAAAUGUGGAUUCGAUCCACAGAGGGCACUGGAUGCAGUCCUGUCUGAAGACACUAAAACAGCCCCAGUUGCCAAAACUACCACUGAGGAGACAGCUUCUGUACUGAGAGUUUGCCAAGAGAAAGCACCACUUCCACAAAGAACCAAACAAGCGGCCGUGAUUGAAAAAGCGAAAAGCAGAGAUGUGUCUCACAAUAAACUGGACUCUGAAGUGGUACCCAAAGUGGCCCGCAUGACCGUCUCUGGCAAGAAGCAGAAAAUGGGCUUUGAUGUUCCCAGCACAGGGGAGAACGGCGUUGUCACCACUUCAGUACGUCGAGGUGGCAGCCCGGAAAACGCCACUGCGACACCUGCUUCAGAGGCCACCUCCAAACGUCCCGAGACACCUUCUAAAGGGUCAAAUGGAGAUGAGCCCGCCCCAGUUCCCACUCCAGGCCGCUCUGGAAAAGCCAAGCAGACCAUCAAUGUAAAGGCUGAACUGGAAAAGAGACAGGGGGGCAAACCUCUGUUAAAUCUGGUGGUUAUAGGUCAUGUGGAUGCAGGGAAGAGCACACUAAUGGGCCACCUGCUUUAUCUGCUGGGCAACGUCAACAAGCGUACCAUGCACAAGUAUGAACAGGAGUCAAAGAAGGCAGGCAAGGCUUCUUUUGCCUAUGCUUGGGUCCUGGACGAAACCGGAGAGGAGAGGGACAGAGGUGUGACAAUGGAUGUGGGCAUGACCAAGUUUGAGACGAACACUAAAGUGGUGACUCUAAUGGAUGCGCCAGGGCACAGAGACUUCAUUCCCAACAUGAUCACAGGAGCUGCACAGGCAGAUGUGGCGGUGCUUGUGGUGGAUGCCAGCCGAGGGGAGUUUGAGGCAGGCUUCGAGGCAGGUGGUCAGACCAGAGAGCAUGCCCUGUUGGUGCGUUCACUUGGCGUCAUUCAGCUGGCUGUGGCUGUCAACAAGAUGGACCAGGUAAACUGGCAACAAGAGCGUUUCCAGGAAAUCACAUCCAAACUUGGCCAUUUUCUCAAGCAAGCAGGAUUCAAGGAGUCAGAUGUUUUUUACAUCCCCACCAGCGGCCUGUCAGGAGAGAACCUCAUCACCAGGAGUUCAGUUGCACAACUCACCUCUUGGUACUCAGGACCCAGCCUGCUGGAGCAGAUUGAUGCCUUCAAAGCCCCUCAGAGGUCUGUGGACAAACCUUUCAGACUGUGUGUCUCUGAUGUAUUCAAAGACCAGGGUUCAGGCUUCUGUGUUACAGGGAAGAUCGAGGCUGGUUAUAUUCAGACAGGAGAGAGAAUACUGGCUAUGCCCCCCAAUGAAACAUGCACUGUCAAAGGUAUCACGCUGCAUGACGAGGCUUUGGACUGGGCUGCAGCAGGAGAUCAUGUCAGCCUGACGGUCACUGGCAUGGACAUCAUCAAGAUCAAUGUCGGCUGUGUGUUCUGUGAUCCCAAGGAGCCUAUUCGAGUGUGCACCCGAUUCAGAGCCCGGAUCCUCCUCUUCAAUAUCGAGGUCCCCAUCACACAAGGUUUCCCAGUAUUGUUGCAUUACCAGACAGUCAGUGAGCCGGCCACUAUUAGGAAACUGAUAAGUGUUCUACAUAAGAGCAGUGGUGAAGUCCUCAAGAAGAAACCAAAGUGUUUAGGGAAGGGUAUGAAUGCCAUUGUGGAGAUCCAGACCCAGAGGCCGGUGUCAUUAGAGCUUUACAAAGACUACAAGGAACUCGGCCGCUUCAUGCUGCGCUACAUAGGCUCCACUAUUGCUGCAGGCGUGGUCACUGAGAUCAAAGAAUGAAGACCAUUUCCAUCGACUCAGAGCCAGUCAGACCUUGCUCUGGAGACUGCAUGCAGCCAGAGACAAAGUGCAAUUCCUCAAGAGAUGUCACUCAUGGACUCAGAGCAUGACAUCCAUCCAUCUCUCCAUCCAGCUGCUUCACCUGACUGCCCUGAUCAACACUAACUGCACAGAUACCAACCAUGUGGCACGAAACAAGGCUCAAAACGCAUCCACCAGUUCUGACAUCGUAAUGCAGCGAGGCUGAGCAGCCUCCACCUGUUUGCUCUCAAUUCUUUGUUUGAUCAAGUCAAAUCAAUACUAUAAUUAGACUCUGACAGAUGAUCCUACCAUGCUGAUAUUUUCUGUGAUUAAUUCCAUUGCACUCAACCUUGAAAGAGUGAUGCCUGAUUAUUUAUCUUGAGUGAAAGAAACCUGGCGUAACAAACCAAAUCAGUGCAGGUAGUGAAACUGGAGCUGUUUACAAAUCAGCCCAGGUGUAAGGACGACAUUUCCUUUCUCUUGUAUUGAUGAGGUGUUUUUAGAAAGAACAAAUUCCCAUUUCUCCAUUAUGUAAAAUUUAGUCAGUGACGUUGAGGAUCCAGUUUACAUCACUUUUUUUUUUUUUCCAUAAUAAAGCAGAAUUGUCUCCUAAUAAAGCUGCUAAACUGAAACUGGUUAACUUUAAAUUUAGACAGGAAUCAAAGGAUAAUGUCAUGUAGGAGUUGAAGGCAUAUUACGCAGCUAAGGGGACAAGGCAACAAAUACAUGUAAAUGUUUACUCUAAUCAAGGUAGAGUAGUUUUUGAACAAAAAGGGAAAUUUAAAUGUUCAUCUUUCCCUCGAUAAGGAGUUGGAAUACUCUUUUAUGUUAUCAAAAGAUAAAUGACUUGAAAUCCUCCCACAAAGGAGAUUUUCAGUAAAGCUUCAAAAUGCUUUUUGAAGGGCUGAUCUGUUUUUUUUCUUUUUCCCUAACAAAGAAAGAGACUGAAGGAGCUGUAUUUCUGUUUCUCCAUGUGUAAAAUCAGAAAUGUUGGUGCAAGUGAGGUGGUGUGAAGCAAGAUGAUGCGAAAUGAACGUGACAUCAACAA